AUGUAUCUAGUGUAUAGCUGUGGGUCCAAUGGGAAUGGACAGCUGGGGCUAGAGCAUGAGAACGAUGUAGCCACUCCGGAAAUUGCGUUUCAGUCAUCACUGCCAUUGAAGAGCAUAUCAUGUGGCGGUAAUCAUACUGCUCUUCUAAUGGAAAAUGGAGAUGUUUAUCAAACUGGUCUAGUCAAUGGACGAAAGACGCACAAGUUUGAGUUGACGCAUAAAGAUAUUAGCGGUGUUGUUGCUGGAUGGGACUGCACUUUGAAGAUUACAAGGACUGGGGCCGUAUACAACAAUGACGAUACCAAAAUAUGGCAAGGUCCAAGCGACGUGAAGUUUACAAUUGCCAAUUUGGACAGUUUUAUUGUUGGCUACGACUCUGGUCAAGUAGUAUGUUCUGGAAACAACAAAAAGGGCCAGCUUUUGGGAGAUGACGUUGGUGGCAAGACCGUUGAGGGAUUCCAAGAAUUGACAUUUAACGAACUACCGUUUAGCAAUGUCACUCUGGUCAAGUGUUGCUUAGGACGUGAUUUCUCUCUGUUUGUGCUCUCAGACGGGACCAGCCAGUAUCUUGCAAUGAGGGGGAAAAGCGAUAGGUAUGGACUAUUAGAAAAACUACAGACUAUGGUAGGUUCUGGAGCACUCAGGGGAGAGUUGGGGGUCAACAAGACCCGGUGGUUCAAAAUUGCCCCCGAUGUUACAGUAGUGGCCCUCAAGAGUAUGUGGAGCUCGGUACAUCUCCAAUACACCAGGGGGAAUGAAACCCGUUUCUGCUCUGUUGGGAACAACGUCUACAGACAACUGCUACAAAGAGCAGAACAUGUGUGGGACUUCCAAGUCGGUACAGAACAUGGAGUAACAGUCUCCGAAAACCGCAAGGAAGCCCAUGCCUGGGGAUGGGGCGAACAUGGGAAUUGCGGUGUACAAGGUAUCGACAACUGCGGAGAGCUCACCUUGCUCUACACUUGUGCAGCCGACGAAACCAUUCAACAGGUGUAUGCUGGCUAUGCCAGUACAUGGAUAGUUGUAUAUAAAGAAGACCAAUGA